AUGGCCUUCGAAGUAGUCGCUCUGGCUCGUCCACCCUUCGAGGGCGCAAAACAUCCUUUCUCCAUGGCGACGUUGAUGUCGAACACCGAGCCUGUCGCCGUGUCCAACCUAUCUGGAAACUCCAUCGCUAGAACUGAGCCUCUUUCUAUUUUCAAAUCCCAAAGGCCCGACAGUCUGAGCUCCAUUGCCAGCGCCGGUCUCCACGUGUCGCGAUCGAGAGACCAACUACCUCCGAUGACGAGCCCAUCAGCAGUACCGGCGGAUCGGCCGGAGCACGACAAGGAAGCUGAACGAAACAGCUCGCAGGUUGCCCGGGAGGCCUUAGGUGCAAGUGAAAAGUCGCCAGGCGCCCCAAUCCACGAUCCCUCCGUCCAUGCAUCCCCGGAACAGAUGCAAGUCGACUCACACGCGACCGAAUCACCAUCGGACCCAUACGGAUCAAACGAUCACCAUCACAAUUCACUUAUGCACUCUUCUACCGUUGCUAGUCCUGGUCCUAUUGAAGAAUCGACGUCGCAGGACGAAGAUCGACGCCCGCGCGAUGACUCCGAGAUCGACCACGAUGGCAAAGCAUUCUCUUAUCCGAUGCCCACGGGCAAUAUUAAUGACCCGCGGCGUGGAUUGAGUCUCCCAAAUGCAGGCUAUAACAGAGGCAGCCCUCGCUCGCCGUCUGCGAAGAAACACCGCUGUCCUUACUGCUCCACAGAAUUUACCCGGCAACAUAAUCUCAAGAGCCACUUGCUCACGCAUAGUCAGGAAAAGCCAUUCGUGUGUCAAACCUGUCAGUCGCGUUUCCGGAGAUUACACGACUUGAAGCGCCAUACAAAACUGCACACUGGCGAACGACCCCACAUCUGUCCCAAAUGUGGCCGUCGUUUUGCUCGAGGCGACGCGCUUGCUCGGCACAACAAAGGCCAGGGAGGAUGCGCUGGUCGACGUGCGAGCAUGGGCAGCUUUGCGGAUGAUGAAUACGGAGACGGUGGUGCUGGUCCGGACGACAUGGAUGGGCUGAUGUAUACGGCUGAGCCGGAGCGUAUGGACGAAGAAGACGAGCGACGCCUGAUGCCGAGUAUUCGAAAGCAUGAGGCAGAGAACGUGGCUCCGUCUGAUUCACUCCAGUCUCGUCAGUCAAACACCUACCCGCCCAUCGCAGCUAGCCGCCCCAGCCAUCUCUUCCCACCCCCGGCUAAUCACGGUGGCUCAGGCGCGUCUACAUCGACCUCGCAGGCUGGAAACUUGACUUUCCCACCCGCAGGUCACGCUUCUGGCUCGACUAUAUUCACUGCAAACAACAUCAGUGACAGCCCAAAGCCGUUGUCCCCGGGUGCUCUGUCAUCGCAACAUGAUACUGCACCGCCACACCGCGCACACUCACCCGUCCUUGCCACACCCGCAGUCCUCUUUCGGGCGAGCGAGUUCAUCAUCAAGCCACGCACCGACCCUGGGUCUCCCCUCCCGCAAUCAGGAGUACCCCAGCUUCCCCCGCCGCCGGGGAUGACCUCCCCCGAUGGUCGAUUUGGCUUGCAAGCGGCAACUAAGCACACUCCUUCGCACAGCCAUUCUAGCACCCACAGCAUAUCUGCUCUCAAGGGACCCGAUGGGCUUGAAGUCAACUCAAAUGACGCCAACCAAGUCGAUAAACUUUGGUCGUAUGUCCGAGGAAUGCACGAAGAACUGAACGCCUUGCGUGCUGAAGUUUCUACCCUACGGGCACAUAUCGCCUCGUCCAAUCUAUCAGCACCCCCGGCCCCGGUCGAAGUGAACAUGAACAAUACCGGACCACGGUAA